UACAUGGCCACUUUGGUUCCAGUUCUCUCCCCAGAGGAUAUAGAACGCGCCGCAGACCUCAUCCGGCAAGCCUAUGCGCCACAAAACCAUCUCUCGUCCGAGGACCAAAGGCGGAUUCAGCAGGAGCUCUUUGAAAUACAGAAACGGCCAGAAGCAUGGGGACUGGUAUUGCCGUUCCUGAAUUAUAGCGACCCAAACGUGCAGUUCUUUGGGGCUCAUACGGCACAAGUGAAGAUCGCGCGAGACUGGGCAGCUUUUCCUGAAGACGAUGCUCCACAACUACGUGACAUGGUUCUAGAUGUGACGGGUCGCGCCAUGGGCAGCGGCAAGAAUAAAGUCAUUCUCCGCAAACUCUACGUUGCUGUGACAUCUUUAGCCCUCAAACUUGCGCCAGGAAAUCCGUCUCGAUGGCCUGACUGGCUAAUGUCGUGCAUCAAUACGAUGUCGACCCUCGGUGCUACGACCGAGCAGAUCAUGGAUUUCCUUGCGAUCGUUGCCGAGGAAGUGGAGAGUGCAGACCUGCUGCCUGCAAGUAAGAUCCAGGUGCAAAGCAGCUUGCGAGAAGUCGUGCCGAUGGUUAUACAGGCCAUAACAUCAUGCAUCACCGUCCCACAAGCUCUAAGCGCACCCCACCAGCUCUCGUCCGCGUUGAAAUGUCUUCAAGCAUGGUUCCCAAUACUCCCCGCCAGCGAUCUUACACCGCUUAUCCCGUUGCUCAUCACGCUCUUGAACCCAAUCUCGACGGCAGCUCUAGAGUUUGAUGAGACAGCGUUUGCGGGGGCGUCCGAAACUCUGCAAGAACUCAUGACGAAGUCUGCAUUCGCAGAUGGUUCAGCGAAUCGAACUCUCACAGAGCCGCUCCUCAUUUGGCUCCACAGCUAUGGCGGCCGGAUCGUCGAGGAAACAUUGAACAGCGGCUUGGUCGACCCCGUCUCACACUCCUUCUGCAAGCUGCUGGUUGCCCUGGGCGACCAUUCUGCUAUGUAUCUCGCAGCGAACAUAGCCUCCUCCUUGCCACCCGCACCCUUUCCUGAGCCUCCACCACCAAUCAGCUUCCCUGCGCCUUCUCUGCCGAACAAGUCCCAGCUCGUCCAGACAUUCCUUCGCCUGCUACUCGCGUAUGCGGCAUUGCCCGGAUUCUAUGGCGUGGACGAGGAGGAAAGCGAGCUGACAUUCGGUUUUUGGUAUCUUUACCAGGAGGCGCUGUGGAGCGCUGAGUACGAGCAGGAGUUCGAAUUCGGGGAUGGGGAUGUGGAUGCAGAGCCGGGAACGGACAAGACAGAGCAGGCGCAAAUGCGCGUGGCGAGGGGUGUGUACUCGGAGCUCGUGCAGGUUUUGAGGCGAAAGGUGGUGUGGCCUGACGCUGCUACGUUGCGCACAUGGAACAGAGAUCAACGAGACAAAUUUCAAGCUUACCGCAGAGACGUCGGAGAUAUCGUCAUAAACGCGUAUUACAUCCUCCGAGACGAACUAUUGGCCUUCUACGUCGCCGAUCUGCUACAGCGGCUUUCAUCAAAAUCACCGAAUGAAGGCUGGGAAGACAUCGAAGGCACCUUGCAUUGCGUUCUGGCCGCUCAGGAGGCAGUGCCAGUCGAAAGCAAUCCUCAUCUUGCUCAAAUAUUCGGACCUGACAUACUCGGUCGUCUUCCCGUCACGGGGAGUGGCCGGGUACGCCGCACGGCUCUGCUACUGAUAGGCUCCUAUGCUUCCUGGUUCACUACUCAGCCGCAAGACGCAUCUCCCUUGCUCAUGAACGCAGUCUCCUACAUCGCCGUAGCUCUUCCUGAUCCUGCGUUGUGCUUGCCAGCUGCGAAUUCUCUCCGUGACCUCUGCGACGUGAAUCGGGCCGUUCUCGCGCCACAUAUAACUGCGUUCGGAGCGUUGCAUGCGAGCCUGACUGGAAUCCCUGAUACAGAGAAGGCGAAAGUCACACAAUCUAUCGCUAGUAUCAUUCAAGCACUUCCUCCUGCCGAGGCCAUCUCACCAAUCGAGGCGAUCCUCUCUCCUGUAAUGGCGAGCCUCCACGAGGCACUCCAAUCUGCCGCACAGCGACCUGACGAAGCUCGAGCGAUUGCGGUUCAGAAGUUGAUGACAAUUACAGGGGUUGCCAGCGGCUUGACACGCACAACCGAGAUCAUAGUGGUUGUGGACGAGAGUCCGGCCGCCCAAGAAGAAUCCAAGCAGAUGAUGCGAGCGCGGGACGACCCACGUAUGAGCCAGUUACGAGCAGGUCUCCUUGCCGUCAUCAGACGAAUCGUGGAACUUUGGACAGAGGAUGCGAGCGUAUCCGGUGCUCUGAGCGAGUUGAUUCACGCGAUCACUUCGCUACCGACCGACGUCACCCUCCUCACCUUACCUCCUGGGCCUUUGCUGGAAGUAGUCUGCAUGGCCGCUCAGACGCAACUGACCGCGGUGUGGCUAUCGUUGACGACCUCUCUGAUUAUCCAGCUUGAUCCCCCGUCUUUGCUUCCCACCACUUUCAAGUCUGUUCCGACGAACGAGGCCGAGCAAAUCGCGCUGAAUGUGCUGGGCGUGUUGUUGCAGACAAGUCUGAGCGUGCUUGGUCAGCCAGAUGCUUUGGAAUCGAAUCCCGAUAUCGUACAAGCGUUCUUCAGUUGCAUGGACAAGACGGCUCAGCAUUUUGUCACUGCAUUCUAUCGGCUCCCCUCGGAUAUAUUCACUGCUCUUAUGCAGUGCUCGAUCACAUCACUGGGGCUGCAGGAGCGGUAUUCUCUAGUAGGAGCCUCCACUUUCCUUCGAACUCUUAUCAACCGCACAUGUGCGGUAGAUGAACUCAGCGAAGCCAAAGUCAUUUUUGCCCAAACCCAUGGUCGCUCGUUCAUGAGGGUAGUUCUCAAUGGCUUCGCAGGCGUAGCACCUCGAUCCGCUACUCCGAACCUCAUCGAGUUGCUCUCGACGCUGACACAACGAUUCCCUGCCGAGAGUCGCCAGUGGAUGACAGAGGUGCUCUUCGCUGAUGAUUUUGUGCAAUGCAGAGCAAACGACGCGGCCAAGGAACAACUGAUCAAAGCAGUCUUUGGGUCACGCUCGAUCAAGCGCGUGAGAGAUGCAGCGCAGCAGUUCGUACUUAUCGCAAGAGGCUUGGAAGGAACUAGCUUUGGCUACACUUCAGUCACGAUGUGAAGGCGAACGAUUGGACUCGACGAAUCGCGGCAGUAUAUGACAAUGUUGUACAUCAUAGUAAUGUGACCUGUGUCACGACUCACCUGUGUUGCUGCAUGCUCUAGGCCAGCGUCCGGCAUACUUAUGGUGCUCCCCGUCAUGAUUCAUUCCUUACAAG